AUGCUAUCAGAUGCCAAGGUGUUCUUGCAUGCAACACAGUUGUUCCUGUAUGCAACCACUGCAGUUUGCAACGUGCCAGUGUGCAAUACAUCAGAUGACAAUGUGUGCUCCACUAUGUCAGUCGACUUGCAUGAGCUCAUGUGCUAUGCCAAUGAUGCAAUGUCAGCAGACAUGCGGCAAUACUUGUACGUCAGCAUGCAGCUCACAGACCACAUCUUGCAUGCAGCAAUGCAAUAUCGCUUGUCAAGGGCAAUCAAAUCAAGCGGCUUGUUUGCAAGCUUGUCAAGCUGGAUGAGGAGCAAAGUUUUCGGAGAGCGUAUUGUUGUUGUUGUUGUUGUUUUGCUGCAAGAGGAAGGGAACAUACCAUGGAGUUUUCUCGUAAGUGUCGAACCAUACAGUCCACAAACAACGGUAUACAGUACGCCCAGCAUCAUUCCAUCUACCUUCCCAAGCACUAUCCCAACUACCCAACCGACACUUCCACCCACUACAACUACUACGCCGCCAACUCUUCCACCAACAACCACCACAAUGGCACCAAUCACCUAUCCACCAGUAACCUACCAACCAGUCACACCUACACCAACUAUCUACACUCCUUACUACGAAGAGGAGAACCCUUGUCAACAGUGCAUGGGUGCAUGUAUGAACGAAUGCACUGCUUCGGGACAAUCACAACAGCAAUGCCAAGAAGUUUGCACUCAGAACUGUGCACCAGCUUGUGGUUCUCCGGUCACUACACCAUCACCACAAAUCUACGAGCCUGUGAGUAUAGAAGUUUCAACAUACAAACUUCGUUGCUGA